UGUAGUCAUUGGUAAUGGUAGAGGAAGUAUUAGUAUGGUCUCUCAUUGAGUGAAUGAUAAUGCUAUGUUUAUAUAAAUUUUGCUGCAUAUUCUUUCAGCAGAAAUGUCUUAAAAAAUAAGUAAAUAUUAUUCGUUUUACAUUUUAAAAAAUUAGGAUUAAAGAUUUCUAUGUUUAGUCAGAAAUCCGAACAUAUAUAUGUAUAUAAAAGUAACAAACAGGAUGCAUUGCUUCAGAAUGUUAUGUUCCAAAACGACACUAUUGUCUGCAACACUGAAAUAUAUCACCGACUAUCAGCCUGUAAUUAAUUAUGGCACCUUUCCAAUAAGAAGACAGUUUCGUCAAUAUAGUGAAAAUGUUCAUGUAAAGGAUGUAGCUACAGCAAAAAGACUACCCAACCCUGGGAUAUUUAAGAGGUUUCUGUUACGCUUUGCAUUAUAUAAAAGGAAGUAUCAAUUAAUGGCAUUAGGUUAUCAUUUAUAUAAUGAUCUAGCUGAAAGAAUCAAUUAUUCAGUAUUUUUCAAAGAUUUUAAUAUGCCAGAUACUUUCUAUUCCUGGUUUUUGAUCACAGAAUUACAUGUUUGGAUGUUAAUGGUUCGUUUUAUGGCUGAAGGUGCUUAUGGUAAAGUAGUUAGGAAUAAUAUUGUUGAUGCUAUGUGGACUGAUGUCAUGGUCAGAGUAAAUAAGCUUGGUCACAUUGCUGCAAAUGUAAAAAGGAAACAGAUAAUAGAAAUAUCAGAACAGUUUAAUGCUGCUUUGAUUGGUUACGAUGAAGGAAUUAUGUCAGAUGACAAAGUAUUAGCUGGUGCACUAUGGAGAAGAUACUUCUGUUCAGAAUGCAAUGAUCCAGAGCAGCUUGAGAAACUCUUAGUUUAUGUAAGAAAACAGAUAAGUUUACUAGACCAGAUUCCGUCAGAGGAAAUUUUAACACAAUCAAAAAUACAAUGGAUAGAUUUAAGAAACACCAGAUGAAACUUCUUAUAAAUUUGUAAAUAGUAAUUAGAUAAAGUUCAUAUAAUAAAUAUAUUAGAGCUUAUUUAGCAAA